CACUUGGCAUUUACAAUUAUUGACUAAAAAUAAGCUUGCUGUUUACAAUUAUUUUCAAAACAUUACACUUUGUUCUUGAUCUGUAUACCAAUAUUGAUUUCCUGAUUUCCGUCACCAAAUUUCUUAAACCUUUCUCAUGAUCUUUGCUUCCCUUUUCUGACUUCUGCCAAUCAUCUCGUAUAGUGUUCUUGAUCUGUAUCUUUCUUGCUUGAAAGAUCAGCUUUCCCAGAGUUUCAACAUUGGGGCGCGUCCACACGUUUCCCCACUCAGCAAUUAGCUUCAGAUUCUUUUGUUAAAAUUCUUUUGAAUCCAGGGCCAAAGAAGAAAGCGGUGAAAAUGGCUAGACAGAGGGAUCCAUUUUGGGAUUUUGUUGAGAAGCUGGAUGAUGGUCCUUUCAACUGUACAUUUUGUGGCUAUAAAUUUGCUGCUGCUACUUCCGUUUCGAGGAUCAAAUUGCAUUUGUCUAAAGUCAGAGGGCGUGGUGUUGCAAUUUGUGACAAAGUGCCUGAAGACGUUCAAGAAGCAGCUUUUCAAGCUGUGCAUGGUGGCAACAAAAGACAUAAAACCAUAGCAAGUUCAAGCAAUUUUAAUGAAAAUUCCAUUUUAACCACUCCACAAGAACAAAACAAUGAAGUCGACAAUUUGGCAGGAGAUGCAGGAAGGAUACAAGCACCAGGUACAAUGGGUCAAGCACUUGAAAGAUUUUUGGAAGAGAUCAAUAAUGUAAUGGAGGAUGAUAUAGAGAAUGGGACUGGAGGAGUUGUGCAGCCUGGUGCAGGAUCUAGCUCUUCUGGAGGGCUUACAGGCAACACAAAUGAGACUCCAGGAGAUCCAUUACCUACUAUCUUACAUGUUGAAGUCGACAAUGUGGCACCACAAAGGCAACAUCUGGAGGGAGUAACUGGGCAGCCUGUUGUAAGAGGUAGUUCUCAUGAGAGGCCACUUGUUAAUCACGAUGAGCUUCAAGAAGAUUCUUCCCAACCAACUGAUCCACCAUGUCUUACCCAUGGAAGAUAUCAUGAUCAACUCCGUACUCCACUAGUCAACAUGGUUGGAGACCCUGGUCAGCCUGUUGUGAGACAUAGCUCUCGUGAAGCUCUUCAACGUAAUGGCGAUGAGAGCGGACGAGAUGUGUUUCUAACUGAAGAACUAACAGGUGGAGAGUUUGAAAAUAAUAAGAAUGCUAUCUGGUCGUGGAUAAUGAAUGAUGAAGCCUCAUCAAGUAUUGGCAUUUACGGGAUGGGGGGUGUGGGCAAAACAACAUUGCUCACACAUAUCUACAAUCAGCUUCUACAAGAACCUGGCACUUUUCCUCAUGUUCACUGGAUCACGGUAUCGCAGGAUUUUAGUGUUUAUAAAUUGCAGAAUCUUAUUGCAAGAGACAUUCGUUUAGAUCUUUCAAAUGAAGACAACGAGAGGAAAAGGGCUGCCAAAAUGUCAAAAGCAUUAAUUGAGAAACAACGGUGGGUUCUCAUUUUAGAUGAUUUGUGGAACUGUUUUGAUUUUGAUGUGGUGGGAAUUCCUAUCCAAGUGAAGGGAUGCAAACUAAUUCUUACAACUCGAUCAUUUGAAGUUUGUCAGCGAAUGGUCUGCCAGGAGACAAUCAAAGUGGAGCCUCUUUCAAUGGAAGAAGCUUGGGCUCUGUUCACAAAGAUACUUGGACGUAUUCCUUCAGAAGUGGAAGAAAUUGCAAAAUCUAUGGCAAGAGAAUGUGCUGGUUUGCCUCUAGGAAUUAAAACAAUGGCCGGAACCAUGAGGGGAGUGGAUGAUAUAUGUGAGUGGAGGAAUGCUUUAGAGGAACUGAAACAAUCAAGAGUUCGGCAGGAGGGCAUGGAUGAGGAGGUAUUCCAAAUAUUAAGAUUUAGUUAUAUGCACUUAAAGGAGUCAGCACUGCAACAAUGUUUCUUGUACUGUGCAUUAUUCCCGGAAGACUUCAUGAUCCCUAGAGAGCAUUUGAUAGCUUAUUUGAUUGACGAGGGAGUGAUAAAAGGGCUGAAGAGUAGGGAGGCAGAAUUUAACAAAGGCCACUCGAUGCUGAAUAAACUUGAAAGAGUCUGCCUAUUGGAAAGUGCUGAGAAAUGGGGUGAUGAUGAAAGAUAUGUCAAGAUGCAUGACUUGAUUAGAGACAUGGCCAUCCAAAUACAGCAAGAGAACUCUCAAUGCAUGGUUAAAGCAGGUGAACAGUUAAGAGAAUUGCCAGGUGCAGAGGAGUGGACAGAGAAUCUUAUGAGAGUUUCACUGAUGCAUAACCAAAUUGAAAAUUCCUUCCGGCCAUUCACCAAGGUGUCCCAGUCUUUCAACUCUAUUGUUGUGCGGAAAUCAACUGGUGCUUAUUGCAGAUUCAUUUUUUGAGCAAUUGCAUGAGCUCAAGGUUCUUGAUCUGUCUUAUACAGGUAUCACAAAACCGCCCGAUUCUGUCUCUGAAUUGGUGAAUCUCACUGCAUUACUGCUCAUUG